AGCUUCGAGCAGAGUCGCUGGCAGGGCCAAGCGCCACCGCUCUGACAGAACUUCUUGGCCGGCGUCAAUGGCUUCGACUUAGGAAGCUUCAGCCCACUGGGCGGCGAAAUUUGAGCACAUCUAAAACCCCUUUCCUAACGAAAAGCCAUUCCCUUAAACCUUUCAUCUCUCUCUCUCUCUCUCUCUCUCUCUCUCUCUCUCUGUGUCUGCGGUCGGCGCUGACUGAUUUGGCAAAUGUUCAUGCUUGUCAUGGUGCGACUCCGUGAUUGAGAAGCGGUGGCGAGAACGUUGAGGAUGUUGGCCAGAGGAGGAGGAAGACUGACCGUUUGCUCCAGAAGCUCUGCCGCCAGUGCUUGGUUGACCAAAGAAAUCGGUGAGCAGCAUGCGUCAAAUAUUCAGUGGCGUGGAAGAUCAAAUGCCGCAUUGGCUUCUGACAUACCAGAUCCUCAGAAACAGCGUAAAAGGGUGUCAAAAGAUCAAAGACGAGCUAUGUUGGAGUCUUAUGUCAGCAAGUAUAGAGAGGCUAAUGCUGGAAAGUUUCCAAGUGCUGCUAAAGCUAGAGAGGAAGUUGGUGGAAGUUACUAUGUUGUAAAGCAGAUUAUGCAAGAGCUGGAAUACAAUUUGAAGAUGGAUCCUUUAACUAAUGGGGUGAAAACAUCGAGGAGAAAUGAAAUGAGUAAGAAUAGGAAAUCUAUGAUCAAAAUCAGAGACUUUCCGAGCCAAGGAACCAUUGAUGCCAGAAAAAAAGAUGCUGCGGAGGCAAUAACUUCUAGAGAUGCCGAGAUCGGCGAGAAUCUAAGGGAUGAAACUACUGCAUCUCACGAUUUCCUAAAGCCUGCUGCUGAAGGCUUAAAUCAUGAUCUUGUUGAGAGACAAAGUACAUUACUGAAAAAGGAUGACCAGGAAAUUCCUUGUCCGCCUGAGAGACAAGAGGAUGCUGGCAAGGAAGUUUACGACGACCGAGCUAAGUUUGUUUCAGAGCAAACUCAUGCAAAGGAAGAAACCAAAGAAGACAGUGAAGAGGGCAAAUCUCCUACGGACCUAUCUGAUGUUACAUUGGAAGUUGACAGGGCAACAUUAGAAGCGCCAAAGGUUUCAACUGAUUCGGAUAGUCCAAACAGGCAAGAGAAGCAGCAUGAAUCAUCCACUGAAUCGGACAUUUCUAUAAAAAGAAGAGAAGAUGCAGAACCUCCACGAAAGUCAUCGCUGUGGGGGAAUCUCAAAUCAUUUGCGGAUAGCAUCAUCAGCAUCUGGAGGAAUUGAUAAAUUGUUGAGCUUCAAGUUCUACAAUAACUUUGAAGACAAUUUUGCUGCCUCUGAUCAGGUUCCCGAUCAAAUAGACUUGCUUAGCAGAUGAUUUUCGUAUGUAACUUUCUUACCUUUUGCAAGGACUGAGUAGAAGUAGAAGGUUCACACUUUGUUCGACUUUCAAGUACUUUUUGGAGCAAUAGUUUGCUAUUAUCGUUUCUUCAACAUCAUUUUGGAGGAUCGAAGCGAGCAACAUUCUCGUAGAUAUUUUAGUCUAGUGGGCGGAAAAGUUUCAGGAUUGUACAAAGAUUGAGUUCUUAUCUUUGGAAUCGCAAUGUACUCGAGAGGGGUUAGAAGUUGGGACUGUGCUCGCUUCGAAAUUCAUGACUAUAUUACUUGUUCUGCCCA